AUGGAUCGCUGUCUGGUUCUUCUCCUGGCCCUCUUGGCCUCUUUCAUCUUCUUCGGCCCUGUGCGCACCCUGACGCUCGACUAUGCGUCUUCACCACAAGCCCUGCCUCGCCAGGCCGAACGAGCCAAGAAGUCCUCAUGUCGCUGUUUUCCUGGCGAUGCCUGCUGGCCUGAGCCAAAUGCAUGGGAUGCAUUCAAUCGUACCUUAGGAGGAAAGCUGAUAGCGACCAUUCCAAUCGCGGCACCUUGUCAUAAUGAAGCCUUCCCACCUUAUGACGCUGCAAGAUGCGAUACACUGAGGAACGUGUACUUUUUUCCAGAAACCCAUCUCGAGAAUCCGUCCUCCAUCAUGGCACCUUUCUUCACUAACAAUACCUGCAACCCGUUUCUGCCCGCCAGCGUCCCUUGCACUCUUGGCUAUUAUGUCAGCUAUGCUGUCAGGGCUAGCGAUGCCUCCGACUAUCAAAAGACGAUUGCCUUCACCAAUAAACACAACAUUCGUUUAGUGAUCCGUAAUACAGGUCAUGACUAUAAUGGCAAAUCAACCGGGGCGGGUGCCGUCUCCAUCUGGACUCAUAACAUGAAAUCGAUAGAGCUCAAGGACUAUCGUAGCCUAUCCUUCACCGGCAAGGCCAUGAAAAUGAGUGCAGGCGUCGAGGUCAAAGAAGCGUACGAAUUUGCUGAUUCGAAAGGUAUCAUGGUGGUCGGUGGGAAUGGCCCAACCGUGGGCAUAGUUGGCGGGUAUACUCAAGGCGGUGGCCACGGACCGCUCGUCUCCAAAUUCGGUCUUGCCGCUGAUCAAGUCCUAGAGUGGGAGGUGGUGACGGCUGCGGGAAGGCUGUUAACCGCAACGCCAGACCAGAAUCAAGAUUUGUACUGGGCACUAUGUGGUGGAGGGGGUGGGACGUACGGUGCCGUGGUCUCGCUCACUGCCAAAACCUACCCUGCCACGACAGUAUCGUCGGUGAGCAUCAGCUUCACAAACACUGGCAAUAAUGCAGAUGAAUUCUAUGACGCGGUCGGCACGCUUGUCAAGUCCCUUCCGUCAAUGGUUGAUGCGGGCGCCGUUGUGAUCUGGCUGGUCACACCACAGGCUUUCCUCGUGGAGCCUGCGACCGCCCCCGGGGUCUCCAAAGCAGACCUGGACAAGCUUUUUCAACCACUAAUCGACAAUCUUCAAGGAAACGCGGUCCCAUAUACUUAUAUGUCGCAAGAGUACCCGACAUACUUGCAGAGUUACAAUGCCACGAACGCCCCUUGGAAUGUCUCUCAGAACCAGCUUGGUGGACGGUUAAUCCCUCGCUCGCUUAUUGAGAAGGACCCUGAGUCGUUUAUGGCAGCGCUUCGAAACAUCGUGGACUCCGGCAUCAUUUUCUCUGGCGUGUCAUUCAACGUAGCGAAGAGCGUAUCUUCGCCUGAUGCCAUUGGCGCUAACCCCUACUGGCGUCAAACGCUCUUCAGCGCCGUCCUCGGCACUCCUUACAGCUUCACCGAUGAGCCAGCCAAUAUCCGUUACCAGAAGCAGAUGACAGAUGACCUGCUACCUCAGCUUGAGCGGCUCACUCCUAAUGGAGCCGCGUAUCUUAACGAAGCGGACUUCCGGCAGCCCGACUGGAAGCCAGUGUUCUAUGGCUCCCAUUACGAUCGCUUGAACAAGAUCAAAGCCCGGUACGACCCUGACGAUAGGUUCUACGCGCUCCAGGCGGUGGGCAGUGACCGUUGGGCGCAGCAGCUGGAUGGCAGGCUUUGCAAAGUGUAG